GUGCGCGACUUUACAUUUUCACCGAGAUCAAGAAACCACUAUCAUCAGUUCUAGGCGCAUUGUAUAUACACUUUUCUGACGUGGUAUAUGUCUUCAACGUGAGUCAGAGUUCAUAUCAUUACCCAAUUUUGAAGUGACAACCACAACUUGAAGAACAAGGAAAAGCCUCUAAGGGUUUGAGAAUCGAGAUUCCAGAGCCCAAGAGAAAUUCUGAACAUUCAACAUGGGUUUCGUUUCGAAGAUCAAGUCUGCCUUUGGCUCCAAGAGCCACCGAGAGCCGAAGCAGAGCGAGGUUGUGGGUCCCGCUGAGGAGAUCAUGUUUCCUGCUCAACUCACGCGUGUGGGGCCAGCGCAAACAGCUCUACCUGAUCGGCAUUGGACCCAGUCACGGGAGGUGGACUGCUCCGACUAUCGGGGUAACGUUCACAUGGCGCAAGCUCCAUACCAGCAGGAAUCGUCAAUCACGGAAUCUUCCGGCCACUCGAGCGGUUUCGAAGGUGUGUAUAUCGCAGCACUGCGAGAAAUGAAUACCUGUGUGAACGAUUUCAGCCAGAAAUAUAGCGAUGCAUCUGACAUGGCCGUGAGUUUCGGUCUGUUCGCGCCCCGCGAACUUGGAUACCGACCUGGACAUGUUGAGGAGCUUGACAGCUUCGAGCUCAAGCGCUCGAAUGCGCUUCGCCGAAAGACCACGGCUUCACGCCAUCGGCGCGUCCUUUCUCAUGGAUGUUACAUGCCGUUGAGAUUUUUCCUUGAUCGACGAGAUUGCGGCUCGAGAGGGUGGUCGUUCGCGGGCUGCAGAUGGACAUGUAGAGGGCACACACAUGAGUCACCGCAAUGUCCACAGCGUAAGCGCAAGAUGCGAGGGGUGGCUCUGGCCCGGCUGGAAGGCCGUCAUAAAAUCUGA